CACUGGGCUUGCAGGCCAGGCAGCGCCAGGAUAUGGUCGAGAUGCUACCAACUGCCAUUCUGCUGGUCUUGGCAGUGUCCGUGGUUGCUAAAGAUAACGCCAUGUGUGAUGGCCCCUGUGGGUUACGGUUCAGGCAGAACCCACAAGGUGGUGUCCGCAUCGUCGGCGGGAAGGCUGCACAGCAUGGGGCCUGGCCCUGGAUGGUCAGCCUCCAGAGCUUCACGUACAACAGCCACAGGUACCACGCAUGUGGAGGCAGCUUGCUGAAUUCACGAUGGGUGCUCACUGCUGCUCACUGCUUCGUUGGCAAAAAUAAAGUGUAUGACUGGAGACUGGUUUUCGGAGCGAAGGAAAUUACAUUUGGGAACAAUAAACCAGUAAAGGCGCCUCUGCAAGAGAGAUAUGUGGAGAAAAUCAUCAUUCAUGAAAAAUACAACUCUGCGACAGAGGGAAACGACAUUGCCCUCGUGAAGAUCACCCCUCCCAUUGCGUGUGGGCGCUUCAUUGGGCCGGGCUGCUUGCCCCACUUUAAGGCAGGCCUCCCCAGAGGCCCCCAGAGCUGCUGGGUGGCUGGCUGGGGAUAUAUAGAAGAGAAAGCCCCCAGGCCAUCAUCUAUGCUGAUGGAGGCACGUGUGGAUCUCAUCGACCUGGACUUGUGUAACUCGACCCAGUGGUACAAUGGGCGCAUUCAGCCAACCAAUGUGUGUGCAGGGUAUCCUGUAGGCAAGAUCGACACCUGCCAGGGGGACAGCGGCGGGCCUCUCAUGUGCAGAGACAGCAAGGAAAGCGCCUAUGUGAUCGUGGGAAUCACAAGCUGGGGGGUAGGCUGUGCCCGUGCCAAGCGCCCUGGAAUCUACACGGCCACCUGGCCCUAUCUGAACUGGAUCGCCUCCAAGAUCAGUUCUAAUGCCCUGCAUAUGAUUCAGCCGGCCACCCCUCCACCUCCCACCACUCGACCGUCCCCAAUUCGACCUCCCUUCGCCCACCCUAUCUCUGCUCACCUUCCCUGGUAUUUCCAACCGCCUCCUCGACCACUUCCACCCCAACCACCUGCAGCCCAGCCCCGACCCCCAUCUCCACCCCCGCCCCCACCCCCACCCCCACCCCCACCCUCACCUUUACCCCCACCCCCAACCCCAACCCCACCUCCACCCUCAUCUACCACAAAACUUCCCCAAAGACUUUCUUUUGCCAAGCGCCUACAGCAGCUCAUAGAGGUCUUGAAGGGGAAGACCUAUUCCGACAGAAAGAACUAUUAUGACACGGAGACCACAGAGCUCCCAGAACUGACCUCGACCUCCCGAUCUGACCUGGUUCUCAACAGACCCAGUGAACCCUUCACUCCUGAGAAAAAGGAAAGAUGAAAUAAAUAAACACAUAUAUAUAUAUAUAUAUAUACACACACACACGUCUGUAUGUAUACAUGCAUAUACAUCAAGAGAUGCUUUCUGGACUUCCUCCUAUCCCCCCUCCCAACCCAAAUUUCCCCUAUAAAAUCUACCCUCUCUCCUUCACUCUACAAUAAGGCGGAAUUGCUUGUA